AUGCUCCUCCAUAAUCCUUCUCUUUAUCUCCAGGUUAUUGGGCAGCAUCUGGCUAUUUUUCAGUUGCCCAACGUCAGUUUGAUAGCUGAAAAGAAUGAUGCGGGGGAACUUUUCCGUCUCCUUCAGCUGGUCAUUUGCUGCGCCGUUAAUGGCGAGAACAAGGAAAAGUACAUUCAAGCUAUUCUUAACAUGGAGCGCGCUGUUCAACAGGCCAUCAUGGAGUCUGUUCAGGAGAGCGAUCGGGAUGACGUCUACGCUCGAAACUGCCACCAGCUUGAAGCAAGGAUUUCGCAACUGGAGACGGAGAAGGCGGCGUCAGAAGCGGAGUUGGAAGACGCACUUCGAAAAAUUGCACUCCUCGAGGAGCGCAACGGUGGUGGCGGUAGCGGUAGUGGCGGCAAUAAAGCGACAGGCUUAGUAGCCGCUACGCUACAGCUCCAUCAACUGCAAGGGAAAUUGCACAGUGCGCAAGAGGAACUGUUUCAAUCUGAGGCUGAGUCCCAGGAAGCGAAACUUAGACUGUCUGAGGCCCUAAAAACCAUCGAGGAUCUGCGCAAAACGAACGAGACGCUGGCUCGCGAGGUGUCAGGAUUCGCUCAUUUCAAGGACGAGUUGGAUAUCGCACGGGAGGAUCUGCAGACAGCCAACCGCCAGGUCUCGGCACUGGAGCAAUGGAAGAAACGGCGUGCUGAAGAGAUGGUAGCGUUACGUGUGCGUUGUGCGAAAUUGGAGGAGAAUAAUGCAGCCUAUCUGCAGGCUCUCGAUGAGCUCAAGCAGGCGAAUCAACUAAAUUCUAGUCUCCGAGCGAAUGCAGAAGCCUCGAGAAACCAGUCAGUAGAAGCGACGUCUCGCGUCUCCGAGUUGGAGUUACGAACUAUACAAUUGGAGGAGGAGUUGAAACAGGCUCGAACUGAUCUUCAGGGGAGUCUUAGAGAAAACCAAAUUCUAAUGGAGGAAAUGCGGCGUUUACGAGAACAUCACGAAAAGGCCUCCGAAUCAACUGAUUUGGAAGCAGGAGAUCGCCUGGAUCAACUUCAACCCUUCUUUGGCAUGCCUUCUGAACCGGUAAAAUCUAACAUCAGUGAUCAGGAGGCUGUGAACGGUGCUAUUUAUGAGGUGGAGCAGCGCUACCGCGGGUAUCUCGCUAAGGCACUGGAGCCUAAGCAACAGAGAGGGUGUGGAAAGAAAGGUUAUGAAGUUUUAACUUUGAAUGGUGCUCCACAGAGAAGACCUGGAUGUCUCGUUCCUUUCAUUGAGGCUAUUAUUUACUGUUGGAAAGUUUUUAAGUACGCGUCAAUCCAGUUUCCUUCCUCCUUCUCCGUGCAGGUCAUUCGACAGCUGAAUCGUCGAGCCGUUGCUGCAGAGACGGCGGCGGUUAAUCAAAACUGCGAUCAAGCACCCGAUUCUGAGGUUUCUCGUUUGCAGGCGCUGUUGGCAGAGAAGGAGAACAUCAUUGAACAGUUGGAGCGUCACCACGAGCAGGCGCGGAGGCAGCGGGACCUUGAGGACCGCAUGGUGCUGACUGCUUGGUAUCAUUUGGGGAUGAGGGUAAAUCGUGCUCAUACGGAUCGUCUGUUGCGGGAGGAGGUCUCGGGUGGAGAUGAUGCAUCUACCGUCGCUACCAACAACAACACUGCCUUUCUUUCGCAGCAACGUCGGAUUCAUCUGCAGCCAUCCAAUCGCGGAGUUAAGCCCUCAACUGGACCAUUGCUUUGA